UACCAUCCUUGAAGUUCCAACAACAACAACAAACCUCAAAGCCUAACAAGUCUCGUCAAAAGGGUCUAUAAAGUCCCCACCCCAACCCCAACCUCAACAAAAACACAAAUACCAACACAAUAAACCAAGGACAAGGAUCUCUUUUAGAACCUAUUGUCAUGGCUUUGGUAGAAAGAUCUAUGGUUUUGUCUAUAGUGUUGGUAACUAUGCAGAUUUCAUUUUCAUAUGCAGCUGUUUACAAAGUUGGUGAUUCUGCUGGCUGGACUACACUUGGUAAUAUUGACUACAAAAAAUGGGCUGCUACCAAGAAUUUCCAACUUGGUGACACUAUUAUAUUUGAAUACAGUGCAAAAUUCCACAAUGUGAUGCGAGUGACACAUACUAUGUACAAGUCAUGCAAUGCAUCAUCACCUAUAGCAACAUUCACCACUGGAAAUGACACCAUAAAGAUAACAAAUCAUGGUCACCAUUUUUUCUUCUGUGGUGUACCUGGACACUGUCAAGCAGGACAGAAAGUUGAUAUUAAUGUACUCAAAGUUUCUCCAGUAGCUUCUUCACCUACUCCAUAUUCUUCAGCUUUGGCUUCUCCUCCUCCUACUGUUCCAGCUUCCAAUGUACCUGGACCUUCUCCUAGCAAUGCUGCACCAUUAAAAUUCAUUGCUUUAAAGAUGAUAAUUGGUUUUUGGGCCAUGCCAUUUCUUGUUCAUUUCUAAAUAUGCUUAAUGAAAAACAUGUACUAUUAGAUGUAUUAUGUAUUAUGUAUUAUUACUAGAGUUGUAUUUUUC